CGGCUCUUGCUCGGUCCUAACGGUUCUGUUGGGGGGCUGACGGUUGAUGAGAAGGCCUCUCUUCUGCCUGGUGCCAGCGACGACAGCUGACCGACGGCUCUAUGACCACCACAAAACGGCCAACGAGGUUCGGGGUCUGAUCAUAUAGCCAGCCCAUCAUUGCACAGGACACUUGCAAGAUCUGACUAAUUCUCCCCAGUGAUUGCAAAACCCGCUUUAAAGCAGCAAUCGUCGACCAAAGACCAUACACUAUUACAGUGUCGCCCUCGCGUCGUUUCCUGUCCGGAAUCCACAUUUGAAUUUGGGAUCUGGGAUGUUCCUUCUCUCACUGUCAAAGAGCUGACUGUGGGAGCUGUGAAUCAGAUAGCUAUCCUCGCCAUCAGUGAAGAACCCGGUCCCCCAUCUGACAUACGGUCAGAGGUUGGACACAAAAGGUACCUCUACCACCAGCUAUUCCUACCCGGUUACCUGGUUCCAGCCUUUAUCCGAACACCCCCACGACUUGAUACCGCGGGAUCAUCUAAUCAAAAUAACGAUUGUGUCGCUGAGCACACACAACUUGUCUCUCAGCCUCGUCUCCCUACAGCAAAAGUGAUCAGGGUUGACUAAUCGUUAUCCCUCGCCUUUUAUACGAACACACACCAAACCGGACCAAACCGUCCUUGGAAACGAUCAUGGCAACCACUACGAGCAUACAAGCCUAUGCGAGGCUCCAAUACGGCGAGAGAACCUAUACCUCCUUGGAGUCAAUCUUGGACGACCCCACAGAGAGCCUGGUCUCCUCUGCCGCCUCCAUCAGCAGGCCAAUGCCUGGACAGGGGUUGAACGGUAUCUUGUCUGCCUCUCAGUACCCUCAAGCCCUCAUGGAACCUUAUCACCAGCAGCCCUCCUCAAACACUCGCAAGAGAAAGGCGUCGUCAAGAGAUCAGCAGACAUCAUAUCGUCGUCCUUCAUUCACCGGAGCAGUAAGCGAGAGCAACCACUCGUCAUCGUCGGUAGAACCAGAACAGGCAUCUCCAACGCAGAAGAAGAAGAAGACCACCAAGCGAGGGUCGAUCGACGGCGCAGACGGUCAGCAGCCUGAAGGCAAGAAGCAGCGGGGUCGGCCUCGACUGGACACCCAAGAUGAAACGGCCGCGGACCGUCGCCGCACUCAGAUCCGCCUGGCCCAGCGAGCCUACCGACAUCGCAAAGAGACCACCAUCUCAGCGCUCAAGGAGAAGGUGACGGGUCUUCAAAACACCAUCGAUCAGAUGAACAAGACAUUCCUCACCCUCCACGACAACAUGGUGGAUGCCGGGAUCCUCACGUCACACUACACACUAGGUCGACAACUGCAAGCCGCGACCGAGGAAUUUGUCGCCUUGGCCAAGAUUACGGCCACAGACUCUGACGACGAGGAAGAGAAGAUUACCAACUUUAUGAAGGGAGAUGAUAUCGACGCCGGUGCUCCACAAGAACUACCGCCGCCACCUUCAAGGUCGAAAAGGAAUGCUCGAGUGGACCGGAGAAGAACCAGCCUGGACCAGACAUCGACCGAAGCAGACGUCGAUGCUGAAGACCUUCAAGUGGCCAUGACCAACGUGAACGCCAACGCCAACAACAACAAUGACAAUAAUGACAACGGCGCCUUUUCCAUUGUCCAGGGCGUCUUUGACGACAAUUCCAACCUCCACGGCCUCGACGAUUUACUGGCUUUCAACGCCACGAUACCAGAAUUCAAUUUCAACGAAGAUCCGUCGUCUCUACUGUUGCCGUCAUCGACAACGACGAACAAACAAAACCAUUACCUUCCUUCUUCCCUGUCGUCGUCGCCGCCGCCGACGUCGUCCAACACCAUCGAACGCCCCCUCAAACCGGCCUACCACAGCGGCAACUACACGUACAGUUUCCAGGAGACGACGUUCGCCCGGCGGUUGCACAGACUCUGUCUGGAGCGAGCGUUCCAGUCCCUCACGAGCCCUCACGCGGACCCGGAGAAGGUCAAGCACACGUUCCGCUUCACGUUUUGCUUCAGCAACCGCAGACGCAUGCUCAUCCGGUUCCAGGAGAUGCUGAAGCGCAAGGCCGGCGAGUCCCUCGAGAACUGGAACGCCCCGUUCUUCCACGUCGGCGGCGCCGGGCUGCACUUCCCCCGCCGCGACGAGGACGGGAACCCGAUCUACCCUCCCAACAUGGUCAGUCCGAGGCGCGCCCUGGUGGGUCCUCAGCCUUUCGUCGAGGUCGAGACCCCCCGCGCCGAGGCCCCCGGGACCCAAGAGAUGCUCGAGGCCAUCGGGUUCGGCGGAGAGUGGUACGACUCUCACGACGUCGAGGAAUACCUGAAAACAAAGGGUAUAUACCUCGACGGUCAGAGUUCGUUCGUCGAAGUGGUCGACCCGAACAGUUUGGUCAUGUCGCUCGCCGACAAGGCCGGUGGUACUACCGGUGGUCCUGGGGUUUUUGGCGACGUAUCGACGUCCACGGCCAUGUCGAGUUCAGGUGUCACACCUUCGGAUGAAGUCAACAUUCGCACCCCCAGUCCACUUGAAUUACCAUCCAUGGGGUCCGUCGACGGCUUGAAUCGUAACCGUGCUCAUGACACUUUUUUCGCCGCGGAUUUCGAAGACACGUACGUCAACAACGGUAUAGACCGCAACCACCCCGGCCACAACGAUGCCUUAAUCGUCGACAUGUUUCAAAACUUGAGCGGCCCCAACCACAACACGUCGUCGACUGCAGCAGCAGGAGAGCAAGAUUUGUUGAACUCUCUGCAGUUCGGAUUGGUGGACAAGUUGGGAAUGCGCGUGCGGAAAAACGACGGUGACGACGACCCUUGGGCGACGUACGCCAUGUUGAGCCGGUCCAGACCGCCCAUCACCUUCGACGUCGAGGCCUUUUUGGAACGCAUGGUUGGAGACAGUGCAUGUCUGGGACGGGCCCCUGGUUUCAGAAAGGAAACCAUCGACAAGGCCUUGGCCAUGAGUUUACAAGAGGGUUUUUAGGUACUUUGUGACCCGACUUUUGUUUUAUUUUUUAUUCUUGUCAUCAUGAAACAUGAACCAGGUAUUAUGGAUUAAUAAAUAUGAUUAUACUCCGUAAUGGGGGGGG